UAUCUAAUAACAUUGUAAUAUACAACUACAAUAGUUUACGUGCUAUAACAGUAUGUCAUAUUUUUGUUUACUUCAAUACCAUGGAAUAUGGAUAACCUCAAUGAUAUUUUGGUUGAUAAAAUAGUGAGAGAUUGUAUUUCUUUAUACAAUUCCUUGCCAAAAUCAGGGAAACCGAGUGACGGUGAAUGGACCGUCCUAUCUUGUGUGAUUCAGUAUGGUAUAAGUACUCAAAAAUGGAAAAUUGUUUCACUAGGCACCGGAUCAAAAUGCAUUGGGGCCUCCAAGAUGUCUCCCAUGGGUAAUGUACUAAAUGAUAGUCACGCUGAGGUUAUUGCUCGUAGGGGGUUCUUAUUAUAUUUGUACGAAAAUCUUCUUAAUGCAUAUAGAAAUAAGGAAUCAAUAUUUGAAGUACAAAACAGAAAAGUUUCUUUAAAAAAAGGAAUAAGUUUUAUAUUUUACUCCUCGCAACUUCCAUGUGGGGACGCGAGUAUAAUACCUAAAAGUGACGAAGAGUGCUUUGGAGAUGUAUUAGCAUCUAAAAAGCAUAAACUUGAUAGUGAUGAAGAAACAAUUAAUAAUCCAAAAUGUCCGAAAAUAGAAGAUAUUCACAGAACGGGUGCCAAAUGCCUACCUGAUCAAAUACAAGAUAGUAGAAGUGCAGGAAAAGAGUAUCAUGUUGUUGGUCAAGUAAGAACUAAGCCUGGGCGAGGGGAGAGAACUUUGUCUGUGUCUUGUAGCGAUAAAAUUGCUAGAUGGAUACAUGUUGGUAUACAGGGUGGCUUGCUCGGCUUACUCCUUGCAGAGCCAAUAUUCAUGAGUCACUUUAUAUUUGGAGCUGGAGUCCCAUAUUCCAAGGAUACCUUAGAAAGAGCAUUCUUCUAUAGAACAAAUGAAGAUAAAAAUGAUGUCAAACAAAGGCCAAUCUUGUGUCAAUCAUCAAUCAAGUUCCAUCCUUUAAAAUCUGAUGAAAGAUCUAAAGCGGCUUCUGGAAGUAUAAUAUGUGUGAAUACUUCCUCUAGAGUGUUAGAAGUAACCGUCCAAGGGAAAAAGUUAGGAGUAACAAAAAAGAAAGAAAAUAGUCCUAGCAGUUUUCUGAGUGUAUGUAAAUAUAGUUUAUUUAAAAAGUUUCAGGAGGUGUUAAAUGAAAAUGAAGAUUUAAAAUCAGAUUUACUCGUAGACAAGAAAAUUGAAAAUAUAAAAUAUAAUGAAGUGAAAAAUUUGUCACAAAAGUACAUGGAGAGUUGGAAAUUGACAAAAGAAAGUAUUUUUAAAACAUGGACUAAGAAACCAGACAUGUGGAAUUUUAGUAUUAAAGAGUUUAAAUAAA